AAUAGUAAUAACCGACCCGGGAGCUCGGAUGGCCAGACCCGAAUUUCUAUCACUGUCAUCGAUAAUACAUACCAGGUAGCUCCUACGUAAAGUAUUGCUUCAAGUUGAAGCUAAUUUUCCCAUUGAGACACAUUCGUUCUUAGUUUCCACCGUGCAGUACUCACAAAAAAAAAUAAAGAUUCAUUGAAUAUUACUUCCCAGGGUUUUUAUUUAGCAGAUUGCUAGAGAUAAUAGAAUUCGUUCAACAUGGCCACGCGGCAUUCUGUCGCACAACUCUCACGUAGAGCAGCUGGUCCUGCGACUGUGAGCCGAUUCUUAAAGAGCACUUGGUUACAGACGAGAUCAUUCGCAACGCCGGUGCCACCCGUUACACAAAAUUCGGUUGGUUCGAAAGGUCCGACUGCUAUGGUAUUUCUCAAUAUGGGCGGCCCCUCAACUGUAGAUGAGGUCGGGGACUUUUUGAGUCGCUUGUUCGCAGAUGGUGAUUUGAUACCACUGGGACGGCUACAAAACUACAUUGGCGCAUUCAUUUCGAAGCGAAGAACACCCAAAAUUCAAAAACAGUAUGCAGAGAUCGGGGGUGGGUCGCCCAUUCGAAAAUGGUCCGAAUACCAAAACGAAGAAAUGUGCAAGAUUCUCGACCGGAUAUCACCCGAGACAGCACCCCAUAAGCCAUACGUCGCAUUUCGCUACGCUAAUCCUCUGACCGAAGAGAUGUACAGCAGACUACUCGCAGACGGUUUCGGGAACGGCAAAGGCGGAAGAGCUGUUGCGUAUACACAAUAUCCCCAAUACUCUUGCUCAACGACAGGAAGCAGCAUUAAUGAAUUAUGGAAAUGGAGGCAACGCUUGGAGGGCAAGGAUAAGACGGGUCCGAUUCAAUGGAGCGUCAUUGAUCGAUGGCCAGUGCAUCCCGGCUUGGUAGAGGCCUUUGCCAGCAACAUUGAGAAGAAGCUGGCAGAAUACCCGGAAGAGCGGCGAAAGCAGGUGAUCCUGUUAUUCUCAGCGCACAGCCUGCCAAUGACAGUUGUCAACAGAGGUGACCCGUAUCCAGCCGAAGUUGCUGCCACAGUGUAUGCUGUUAUGCAGCGUCUGAAAUUCUCUAAUCCUUACAGGUUAUGUUGGCAAUCGCAAGUUGGUCCUCAGCCCUGGCUAGGCCCUCAGACUCAGACUUCAGUCGAGGAAUAUAUCGCAAAAGGGCAGAAAGAUCUCGUCCUUAUCCCCAUUGCAUUCACAUCUGAUCAUAUUGAGACCCUUUUUGAGCUUGAUAAGGAGGUGAUUGGGGAGUCGGGACACGCCGAUACGGUCAAGCGAGUGGAAAGCUUAAACGGCAAUCCCAUAUUUAUCGACGCACUUGCGAACCUUGCUAAGAGCCAUUUGGACAGCGGCGUUACAUGCUCGUACCAAAUGGGUCUAAGAUGCCCUGGCUGUAAAAGUGAACGAUGUACCGAGUCGAAGAAAUUCUUCCUUGGGCAGCAAAACACAGUCGCAGCGUAGCAUAGAGUACAUGACUAAUGCAAUGCCAACAUUUUUCUCUAAAGCCUUUAAUAAGGCUUUUUUGGUUUUUUAUAUUUUAUACUUAUAUAUCAGACAAUUACCCAUCUCAAUGUUCUACUAGGCUAGACUUGCUAUUUGAUCACCGGGUCUUUGUAGAAUUAUUACGUGUUUGGAAUUGUACGAUUCAUAUGGCUGGGUAGAUGAAAAGGGAUAUUUGGAGGAUAUGAUGCAUAUGUAAUGCUCAAUGUCAGCAAUGUCUUUCUAGGCAACAUUGAACACCUCAACUGUAUGUGCAACGUGUGCUUGCUUAUCUGCAUUUACAUAAAUGCCCGAGAUGAUACUGGUUGGUUUCGAGUCGGCUAUCGGACAUCAACUGAACUCCGACUCCUUAUAAGAAGUUACCCCCCCCCCAAACGGGAUACGUC